ACGUCGUGCGAGAGUAUAAGACAGCCUCUUCUCCAACCCAAAGCCUCUCCCUUUCAUCAGCUUUCACUCGGCCAAAUCGAAGUUCUUAAAUCUUUCCCUUCAGUCAUUCCAUUACUUACUACUCUCACAUAGCCUUUCCACUACCGACAUUUUAAUCAACAUGCGUUUCUCCAGCGUCUUCGUUCUCGCCCUCGGCGCCGCUUCCGUUGGCGCUCAGGACCUCUCCUCCAUCCUCGGUGGUGUCUCUUCAGUCCUCAGCGGUGCCGAGUCUCUUGCCAGUUCUCUCGCCAGCAACUCCAAUGUUCAGUCGGUCCUCAGCUCGGUCAACUCACAAGUUUCAUCCGUUGAAGCAUCCCUCUCCUCUCAAUUCGCUUCUGCUACUGGCUCUCUGGCCUCUGGUGCAAGCUCUGCUAUCGCCUCUGUUGAGAGCAGUGUGAAAUCGAAGGCUAGCUCUGCUUUGGCCUCUGCUACCAGUGCAGCUGGCUCCGCUGCCUCUGUAUCUCAGAGCACGGGUAUGGCUGUUCCAACUGCCAUGCCUGCCAUUGGCGCUGUUGCUGGUGGUCUCUUGGCUGUUGCUGGACUUUUAUAAACGAUGGCUGUCACUUUCAUUUCGAUUUGACAAGUCUCAAAAAGUUCGUCUCGACAGUUUUGUCGGCGACAUCAAGUUCCCCAUCAUCACGAUUCAUGCAAUCCCUUUUUGACCUCAACUAUGAUCUUGGGCUUGGAAUGGACGGAUUGGGCAGGUUGGCAUAUUUGGGUGUUUCAGGAAUUGAUUAAAUUUGACUAAAUUGUAAUAUACCAGUCCACAAAAACUUCAUCCCUGUGUCAGCAUGC